AUGUCCAACCUCUACGCCGGUCCCUCAUAUCAGAAUUCAUCUCAACCCACCUUCUCCCCAGCUGCUCGUGAUGAGACUCACCGACGGUCCUUUCUCGACUUGAAUCAACCACUUACAUCUAUUGGGCGAAGGCAGCCAAGCCAAAUCCAAACACCUCCUCCUAAUCUAUACUUACCUCAACCAACGUUUUCACCCACCUAUGACCCCGCAACUCAAAAUUUUCAGGUUGCAUUGUGCCAGGAGCUCAACAGGUCCGAGAAGAUUCACAUCCCGCAUUGUGAAGGCGAUCGCUUUAGAAGCCAGCAGCCCACCGGCAUCAUGGCUUAUUACGUUGCGGGCACUUGUGACACCCCUUUGGCUCAUGGCGAUUGGGACUUUGGGAGUCCCCUGGUCUCCGACCCCAGCACGUGCCAGUGUGGCUCAGUCCAAUACUACAGUUCCACCAAAGGUCCUGUUGAAUGGCAGGGCUUUCCAUGCGAGGAUCAGCUCGCAGCGUACGAUGCAUUCGGCCAGCCUCACUACGGUGCUGUCAAAUUACUCCCAUAUCACUCUCAACACCCUCCCAUUUCCCCUGCCCAACAUUCUUCAUACUCCGAGCUCUCAGCCAAUGUACUUUUUCUAUCGGAGCUCAAAUGCGCUGGGUCGAAUUCGAAGAUUUCAAAAGCUCCGAUUACCCCCUCCAACAACCCUCCAAGCCCAACACUCAACAAACUUCUACUAAUGCGAAACGGAAGGAAAGGCCUUCGUCUGAUUCUGAAUUAG